AUGAAGUUCUCUACUAUCGCCCUCGCUGCCCUUACUCAGGUCGCCUCUGCCCACUACUUCUUCGACGUUGUCACCGUCAACGGCAAGGACUCUGCUCCUUUCCAGUACAUCCGAGACUUCACCCGUGCUACCAAGUACAACCCCAUCAAGUUCUCUUCCAACCCUUCUGCCGAUAUCCGCGACAACUCCUUCGCUGAUGGCGAGGACAUCGUCUGCAACCAGGGUGCCGCCACCAAGGGUGCUUCUACCCAGGUCGCUGAUGUCAAGGCUGGUGAUGUGAUCACCUUCAAGCUCGGAGUCGGCGCCAAGAUGGGUCACCCCGGACCUACUCUGGCCUACAUGUCCUCCGGCGGUAGCGAUGUCAAGUCCUACAAGGGUGACGGUGAUUGGUUCAAGAUCAUGGAGGAGGGUGUCUGCAACGCCGGCGGUGACUUCACCAAGGACGCCUGGUGCAACUACGACUCUCCCUCCGCCGAUGUCAAGAUCCCCGAGGGUACCCCCGAUGGCCAGUACCUCCUCCGUGUUGAGCACAUCGGUGUCCACCGAUCCCACGUCAACCAGCCCGAGCACUACGUCUCCUGCAUGCAGGUUGCCGUCACCGGUGGUGGUUCCGGCAAGGUCGACGCCGAGAUGGUCAAGUUCCCCGGUGCCUACAAGGCCACUGACGACUACGCCAACUUCUCCAUCUACAACGGUGCUAAGGCCUUCCCCAUGCCCGGCCCUAAGGUCUGGGGUGGCGCUACCUCUGCUGGUGGUGCUGCCGGUGGUGCUACUGGCGGCAACGAUGCCCCCGCUUCCACUCCCGCUGCCGGUAACAACGCUCCCACCACCACCCCCGACGCUGGCAACGGUGCCGCCGCUCCUGAGGCCGGCAACGGUCAGCAGCAGGGUGGUGCUCCUCCUCAGGGCAACCAGGGUGGAUUCCCCGGCCAGCAGCAGGGUGGCGCUCCCGCUCAGGGUAACCAGGGUGGCUUCCCUGGCGCCCAGAGCGCUGGCUCUCCUUGCUCCGCUUAA